AAAGAACCGCGAAUACACGAUUGUAACACGAGUGAUCGAAAUAUUAAUGACUUCGAUAGUGUCUAUACUGGUACAUAUCUGAUCCAAGUUGAAGCGUAAAUAUUUCUUUUAAAUUAUGUCAUUAAUCCAGAAACGCGGUGCUUUGGUGGUUUUCGAAGGUUGCGAUCGUGCCGGUAAAACCACGCAAUGCAAAAGGAUAGUUGAAUAUCUCAUGAGUACCGGGCACAAGGCUAAAUUCAUGAACUUUCCUGACCGAUCAACUCAAUGUGGCGCGUUAAUCAAUGGUUACCUUACACGAAAGGAUGAUUUCACUGAUGAAGGCAUUCAUUUGUUGUUCACACUCAAUCGUUGGGAAGCCAAAAAGCAAAUGGAACAACUACUCCGAGAAGGCACGACUCUCAUUGUCGACCGAUAUUCUUAUUCCGGUGUUGCCUUCAGUGCUGCUAAAGGAUUAAACAUCGAUUGGUGUAAAGCGCCUGAGACGGGCCUACUUAAACCGGAUCUUGUAGUUUUACUAACACUUACCGCAGAAGCAAUGUCCAAACGGGGAGGAUUUGGGAAUGAGCGAUAUGAAGAACCCGAAAUGCAGAAGAAAGUUAUGGAUCAAUACUGUGUAUUAAAAGAUGAAAGUUACUGGAAGGUAGUUGACGCGGACAAAAGCACAGAGCAGCUAACUACCGAAUUGAAUCAGCUAGUCCUUGAAACGAUCAUAUCCAGCGAGAACAAACCACUGAAAUGUUUAUGGUAAAGAAAAUUACGGCAACAAAACUAAGUUAUUGUGUCAAUUUUGUUAUGAGCUUAAUAUAUUGCUUAGUGAACAAACAUUUUUCUUUUAUUUUAAGAAGCACCUCUUCGGUUUAGAAUCUCAGCGGCUGAAUUCCGAGAACACGUUUCUUUGAAGAGGAGAACAUUUCUUCAUUGAAAUGUGUGCUCGGAGUUCGGCCGCAGGUCCAGAGAUAUCACUAUCAGUUUGUGCACAAUGACUGUAACAAUUUCAUUCGCACGGGCACAAUGGUUCGGCGGGUUCACUUCGAAUUUUCAUCAUCAAAUUCAAUAUUAGCAAUAAAUAGAUUAUUUAAAAACUAA